AAAAAUAUUAAAGGAUCCCACAUUUUGGUUCACCUUACCCUCUCAUCCUCUAAUACCACAUUGCAAAAAUAAAUUUCUAAAAACCCAAAAUCUGCUCUUAUCUUCCCUCUCAAAGUUACUGCACUCUGCCAAAGCCUAAAAAAGUCUCCACCUUCAAUAUCAAACUAAUCAAAACCAGGUAUAUUUGUUCAUAUUAUUAAUCAAAACAUAAAUCUUUAGUGUUAGGUUCCAAGUUUCAUGGAACAACUCAUGUUCAUAUUGUAGGAAAAAAAAAUGGCAUCUUUCCCACUUGUUUCAAAUGACAGAUUAUUAAUUACUCACAAAAAAUGGAAACCCCAUAUUGGAAAUAAUUCUGAAUCUUUAAGUAGUUUCAAGAAUCAAUCUUGUUCAUUAACCAAUUCUUGUUUUACCUCAAAUUAUGUGUCUUUAUUGGGAUUUAGUAAUAGUAGGUACAAGAAAUGGAACCACCAUAUUGGAAAUUUUGAAUCUUUAAGGUGUUUCAAGAAUCAAUCUUGCUCAGCCAGAUUUUGUAAAUACAAGAAAUGGAUGGUCCAUUUUGGAAAUUGUGACCCUUUUAGGAUAUUAAAGAACCAAUCUUGUUCAUUAUCCAAUUCUUGUUUUACCUCAAGUAGUUAUGUUCCUUUAUUGGGGUUGAAAUAUAGGUUUGUUAAAUCCCAAAUUAGGUCACUGGUUAAUGAGAAGGGAGAUAUAGAAACCCAUUCGAACAAAACAGAAAGUACCGAUAUUCGUAGGAAGUUUUCGUUGAGAUUGAGACCAAGGUUAAGAUUGUUGUCAAGAAGGUUAAAAAGGGUAUCUGUUAAAUCUAUGUUAAAUGAUUUUGGGAAGUUUUUGAGAAAGAAUACAAGAAGAGUGACACUAUCAACUUCGAUUUCCGUUGUAUUGGGAUUGUGUUAUUUGUUUCUAAGAUUGACAGCAACUACUUCUCCAAAGGUUGUUCCAUAUUCAGACUUGAUUACAAAUCUUCAAGGUGGAACUGUUACAAAGGUUCAGUUUGAGGAAGGUACACGUCGUAUUUACUACAAUACAAACUUGUGGAAUCUUAAAAAUGUUCAGACAGGUGAAGAUAAUGAAAGCACAGCCGUCAUUGAGGAAAACAAAGAUAUUGAUAGCAACAAAGGUGGAAGGAAUGUAUUCAGUAAAAUAUCGAAAGCCAAAGGUUCUAGUUCGGCCCCUUUAUGGGAGUUUAGUACAAGGAAGAUUGAUCAUGAUGAAGGAUAUCUUCUUAGUUUAAUGAGGGAAAAGGGAACAGCAUAUGGUUCAGCGCCGCAAUCAGCGCUUAUGUCAAUGAGGAGCUUAUUAAUUACUAUGUUAUCUUUAUGGAUUCCUUUGACUCCUAUAAUGUGGCUUUUAUAUCGUCAGCUUUCGGCUGCCAAUAGCCCUGCAAAAAAAAGAAAGCCAAGUAACCAGCUGGUUGGCUUUAAUGAUGUGGAGGGUGUGGAUGGUGCAAAAGUGGAACUUAUGGAGAUAGUGUUGUGCCUGCAAGGAGCUAUAAACUUCAGUAAACUAGGGGCGAAGUUACCAAGAGGUGUACUGCUUGUAGGUCCGCCAGGUACAGGAAAAACGCUACUAGCUCGUGCUGUCGCUGGAGAAGCGGGGGUACCUUUUUUCUCUGUUUCUGCUAGUGAAUUUGUUGAAAUGUUUGUUGGAAGAGGAGCAGCUCGCAUUAGAGACCUUUUCAGCGUAGCAAGAAAAAAUGCUCCUUCAAUCAUUUUCAUUGAUGAACUUGAUGCUGUCGGAGGAAGGCGCGGCAGAAGUUUCAAUGAUGAAAGAGACCAAACUUUGAAUCAGUUGCUUACGGAGAUGGAUGGCUUUGAUUCGGACUUGAGUAUCAUUGUAGUAGCUGCAACAAAUAGACCAGAAGCUCUAGAUCCAGCACUAUGUCGGCCUGGACGCUUCUCGAGGAAAAUCUUAGUGGGGGAACCAGAUGAAGAUGGAAGGAGAAAGAUCCUGGCUGUACACUUAAGAGGAGUUCCCCUUGAGGAGGACCUGGAUCUUGUCUGUAACCUGGUUGCAUCUCUUACCCAGGGCCUUGUAGGCGCUGACCUUGCUAACAUUGUUAAUGAAGCUGCUUUACUUGCUGCUCGAAGAGGGGCUGAUUGUGUGUCAAGGGAAGAUAUAAUGGAAGCCAUAGAAAGAGCAAAAUUUGGGAUUAAUGACAAGCAAUACAACCAAAGUGCAAUAGGCAAGGAACUGGAAAAACUGUUCCCUUGGGUUCCUUCUUUUAUGAGGAGGAACAAUACCAGAAGUGAUUCAAUACAAGGACCUUUGGGGUAUCAAACACUUAGCUGAGAUGUAUGCUCUUAACCCUCAUCUGUAUAAUGUUUUUCUUUGGCAUGAUUCAUAGUGUAAUGCAAUGGAAAAAAUGGCCAGUGAUGAUUCAUAUAGCUGACCUCAACUUGUUUGAGAUUGAGAUAUGUUGUUGUAUCAAGAGUGUAAUGCGGAAACUUAUAGAUGAAAUUUUUGGCUAUUGUUAACCGAGAGUUAAUUGGAUAAAGAUUUUUUAUUCUUGUA